UUGGAAUCCUGGUCCCACGCCGACCUGAGUCUUAUAUACACAGCAGUACGGCGGCGUUGGGGUUCGGUAAACGAAGACUGUUCCUGCAAAAUUAGAAAGUAUCACGUUCUCUCUGCUAUUGACUACAGAACCUCCCUCCCUCUCUAAUCUCUCUCCUGUCCACGUUCGUGCUUACCCGAUUAAUUUCGGACGAAAAAGCGCAUGUACGCAUCAUUGGCAUUUUUCUUUGUAUUUUAAUUAAAAUCCCGAUUAUUGUUCUUCCUCAGCCCCUGUGGAUCUGGUAGGACGCUUGAAAUAUCGGCACAGUGGAAAAAAAACAUAAAAUUCAAACCCUUUCUUCUGUUUCCCCUCCAUCGAUACGUUUUCUGAAGGUAAAGGAUUUCUUUCACUCGAAUGUGAUGGUUCAUAUUCACUAAAGGGAAGCUGCAGAUUCGGUUUUGAACUGCUUGUGGGAUCUCCUUCACGGCUUCACGUCUUUUAAACCAUGGGGGAGUGGAUCAUUGGAGCUUUCAUUAACCUUUUUGGAAGCAUUGCUAUCAACUUUGGAACCAACCUUCUUAAAUUAGGUCAUAACGAGAGAGAGAGGCAUUCUGUGCUAGAAAGUGAUGGAACAAGUGGAAAGCUGCCUUUGAAGCCUAUUAUAUACUUUCACACUUGGAGAGUUGGAAUUUUAUUUUUCCUUCUUGGAAAUUCCCUUAAUUUCAUUUCCUUUGGAUAUGCCGCUCAGUCUCUUCUUGCGGCCCUGGGAUCUAUUCAAUUUGUGUCCAAUAUUGCAUUUGCUUAUUUUGUGUUGAACAAAAUGGUCACUGUCAAUAUACUUGUUGCCACGGCUUUUAUUGUCCUAGGAAACAUUUUUCUCGUUGCUUUUGGCAACCAUCAGUCACCUGUUUAUACACCAGAACAGUUGGCGGAGAAAUACAGCAACAUUACAUUCCUUCUUUACUGUGUGAUUUUGAUCGUCAUUGUUACCUUACAUCACUCCAUCUACCGGAGAGGAGAGCUUAUGCUUACUGUUUCUGGGCAUGACCUUAGACCAUUUUGGCAUAUGCUGCUUCCUUUUUCCUAUGCUAUAGUUUCAGGUGCUGUAGGAUCAUGCUCAGUUUUAUUUGCAAAAUCUCUUUCUAAUCUGUUACGAUUGGCGAUGUAUAGUGGUUAUCAAUUACACGGCUGGUUCACGUACUCCAUGCUUCUUUUAUUUCUUAGUACAGCUGGAUUCUGGAUGACAAGGUUAAAUGAAGGAUUGUCUCUGUUCGAUGCAAUUCUUAUUGUUCCCAUGUUUCAGAUUGCUUGGACUUUCUUCUCCAUUUGUACAGGAUUCAUAUACUUUCAAGAAUAUCAGGUAUUUGAUGUACUAAGGACAACAAUGUUCAUACUUGGAAUGAUGUCUGUCUUCAUAGGCAUUUCUUUGCUGGCACCUGAUGAAUCAAAAGGUAGUGACGGCAAAGAUAAUUCAUCUUUAGUUUCUGUGGUGUCUUCAAGCAUUUCAACAGAAGUGGAUAGGCUGGUUGAGCCUUCUGAAGAUGCACAUAGUAAAGACACGAGAUCAUUUGUGCAAGUAGUGCUGGUGAAGAUUACAGAUAUAAUAGCCAAGGCAAAGAGUGCUUGUGCAUUAUCACUAGGUUUUGGGGAAGAUUCAAUCAAUGCAUCCGCAGUUCUUGUGAUGCCCAUGGUGUCAUCAAAGAUAACAGGCUUUAGAGGAAGUAGGUUUGACCGGGCCAAGAUUAUGUCCUUGAGAAAUUCCGGUUGGACUAGGAUCUCGCUGGAUGAAGAUGCUGCAAAAAUGACCGACAAAAGCGCAGGGUUCUCAGAUAACCUGUAAUAGGAGUAUCAACAAGUCUUGAUCUCCGCCAUAAGUUUUUUUUUUUUUUGUACUCUUAAUUUGUUUAGGGUCCAUUAUUAUACCACUUAUCCAGAAUUCCUCGUCUCAAAAUUGUGAUAUGUUGUAGUAUUGUAUAUACUUGUCACAUAAUUGAAAGAGGAGAGUAUUUUUUGUUGGGACGUUGUAUCAAAAUUAAAUGUUUAACUGAAAUAUCCAUUUGUCUACAUUAGCAAUGUAGAAUUUACAUACCGUUUGACUUUUA